CGCGCCCAUAAUCGAAUCUGGCUUUGGUGCAGAUGCGAGCUUCUGCACUCGUGCCAAUUGCGAGGCGAAGGAGGAGGAGGCGCGAGGUAGCAGACACGCAACGAGCCUCGAGAGACGGAGAGAGAUAGAGAGAGAGACAAGAGACCCGACUGGGAGGAGGGCGAGACACGGGAGAUACGAGGGAGGCGAACGGGGCCCAGCAACGAAGAAGGGCAUCAGGAGACGAGAAGACAAGAGAGAGAGAAGCGCUGAAGAGAAAGAGCAGCAGACAUGAGCGCUCCACCUCCUUACGGUUACUCGCAGCCACCCGUGGCGCCUGGAUAUGCUCCGCAGGCCGCGUACCCCCCUCAGUAUGGCCCCCAGUAUCCCCCCCAGUAUCCCCCCCAGUAUCCCCCCGCCUGCGCGCAGCCCCUCCAUUACCCGAGUCAUGCGGGCCCUGCGUACGCCCCGGGCCAGCGGCCCGCCCCGGGCCAGCAGCCCGCACCGGCCGUGGUGAUCAUGGCCGGAGGCUGCCCUUCCUGCAGGAUGGGCGUGAUGCAAAAUGACUUCACGUGCUGCGGGAUCUUCCUCGCCAUCUGCUGCUUCCCCCUGGGCAUCCUGUGCUGCUACGCUCUGCGCCAGAAGCGUUGCGCCAGCUGUGGCCACACCGUGGGCUAGCGGACCAGCCCGGCUGCCCACCCUCCCUCCCUGCCUAGCCCAGGUCACCCUCCCUGUCUAGCCCAGCCCAGGUCGCCAUCCCUGUCUAGCCCAGGUUGCCCUCCCUGCCUAGCCCAGGUCACCCUCCCUGCCUAGCCCAGGUCGCCCUCCCUGCCUAGCCCAGGUCGCCCUCCCUGCCUAGCCCAGGUCACCCUCCCUGCCUAGCCCAGGUCGCCCUCCCUGCCUAGCCCAGGUCACCCUCCCUGCCUAGCCCAGGUCACCCUCCCUGCCUAGCCCAGGUCACCCUCCCUGCCUAGCCCAGGUCACCCUCCCUGUCUAGCCCAGGUCACCCUCCCUGCCUAGCCCAGGUCACCCUCCCUGUUUAGCCCAGGUCACCCUCCCUGUCUAGCCCAGGUCACCAUCCCUGUCUAGCCCAGGUCACCCUCCCUGCCUAGCCCAGGUCACCCUCCCUGGCUAGCCCAGGUCACCCUCCCUGCCUAUCCCAGGUCACCCUCCCUGUCUAGCCCAGGUCACCCUCCCUGCCUAGCCCAGGUCACCCUCCCUGUCUAGCCCAGGUCACCCUCCCUGUCUAGCCCAGGUCACCCUCCCUGCCUAGCCCAGGUUACCCUCCCUGCCUAGCCCAGGUCGCCCUCCCCCAACCCCUCACAGAGCCACCUUACCCUGAAUCAAUACACAUUGAAGCCACCAUUGUUUGUUGUUGUUGUUGCUGCUGCCCAGUGUUAAGUCAUAGCCAAUUUCAGCCUAGUGUAGCCCAGUGUCUAGUCCGGCAUAUAGCCCUAGUCGGUUUGACAUAACACUUCCUAGCCUGGGUCGAACAAGUUCAACCGAGUCACUCGCCUAAGCCUAGCCCUGCCUAGCUGAGGUUAAAAAAGAAAUGUUGUUUAAUGCAGCCGUGAGCCUUACGCCUAUAGCACUUUCUAGCUUGGUUCAAAUUAGUUUCAUCUAGUAUCUAGCCUAGGCCGAGCCCUGCCUAUCCUAGAUAAAACUACUGUUUAA